CGCGACAGCGACGCGGUAUAUUGACGAUCUCAUAUCCCCGUUAAUAGCAAUAUAUUAUGCCCAUACACAAUAGUAUGAAAACCGUCAAAGACUCCGGUUUUGAUUAUCUUCUUCCCAUUUCUGUUCUUGCUCCCCGUCACAGCUUGCAUACCUCCUACUCCAAUAUACUGCCAGUUAACGCGUUCGUCUUAAUUGCUUCUCGCCAUGGCCACGUCUACGAGCCUUAAACGAAACGCCAACCAUCUGUCUGCUACAGCAGUCAAUUCAAAAAAGUCCAAAACUAAUUCGAGCAUAACCUCUUUCUUUGGCGCCCCAAAGCCCAAAAAUGGCGACUCAAAUCGAGCAAUGUCAUCUUCGAGUUCCACCUUUAACAAAGAGAAAUGGGUGGCAUCGUUGACUCCGGAGCAAAAGGAUCUACUUCAGCUAGAAAUCGAUACCUUGGAUGAGAGCUGGCUGGCCCAGCUCAAGGACGAAGUCACGACGCCCGAAUUUCUCGCACUGAAGCGCUUUCUUAAGCAAGAGAAAAAAUCAGGAGUCAAGAUAUUCCCCCCUGAGAAUGAGAUCUAUUCUUGGUCUCGACAUACGCCCCUACACAAGGUGAAGGUUGUGAUCGUUGGCCAAGAUCCAUACCACAAUCACAACCAGGCCCACGGUCUUGCAUUCUCUGUCCGACCACCCACUCCCGCUCCUCCUUCUCUCGUAAACAUCUACAAGGGGAUUAAGAACGAUUAUCCGUAUUUCCAGGCGCCUCCAAACAAAGGCGGACUUCUAACACCAUGGGCUGAACGUGGGGUUCUUUUGCUCAACACCUGCUUGACGGUUCGCGCGCAUCAGGCCAAUAGUCACUCAGGCAAGGGGUGGGAAAGAUUUACCCAGAAAGCUAUCGAUAUCGUGGCUAGAGUUCGAAGAAACGGCGUAGUCUUUCUUGCAUGGGGUACGCCUGCGGGGAAACGUGUCUCGGGCAUCAAUAAGGAAAAGCACUGUGUUUUGCAGUCUGUUCAUCCUAGCCCACUCAGUGCAUCUAGGGGCUUUUUUACCUGCGGUCAUUUCAAAAAAUGCAAUGACUGGCUCUCUGAACGAUACGGGGCUGGAGAGAUCAUUGAUUGGAGCUUGUCGCCAGCGAGCAAGAACGCCCUGCCGAUUGAAAAGAAUCCAUCUUCAUCGGACACUCCUACUGUUCAACGUAAGGAGCAGAAACUUGAUGCAGCCAAAGCCGCUAAGACAGCUGUUGAUGAAUUUGAAGGUGAUGAUAUCGAUGUCCUGGAAGCCUUUGCUGCAACAGAAAAGGCUGAAGAGAAGGGGUCUAAAGUUGAAAUUGAGACAAAAUAAGCCAGGAAUAUGCAAAUUAAUGAUAUUGACAACCCCCGUCUUCCCUCCUCCGUGUUAUAGCUUCGGAUGGGAGAACCAUGAACUACUUGUCUACAUACGACACCCAGAAUACGGAGUACAUUAUGACUCUAUUCGAGAAGAAUUGUGACCUAGAUGCCAUUGCAACUAUACACUUCCUGUUCUAUUAAUUUCUUCCAUUUGCGAUGGGGUUCGACGACUGCGAGUGCUGCUUCGAAGCAUUUUCGGAGGUCCGAAGAAAAUAUGCGCACGCUUUAGCCAUCCAUAAAAUGCUUAUUAACUAUCUACAGCAUCCGUCCUCGAUGCCAAAUGUCUGUAAACACGACGGUAAUAUGCUGUACGG